AAAAAAAUGAUCAAUGCAACCAUUUUAAGUACAUUUUCCUUGUUAGGAUUAGAUGACACGACAACAAAGCACAGAAUGACUCUUUUCUCUCUGACUUUAUUGUGUUACGGUGUGAUUCUACUUGUUAAUGGGGCUCUUAUUGUUACUAUCAUAUUCGAAGAAAAGCUUCAUGAACCCAUGUACAUCUUCCUAUGUAAUUUGUGCAUUAAUAGUCUUUAUGGGACAGCAGCCUUUUACCCCAAAUUCCUUUAUGAUCUGUGGUCUAACACUCAUGUCAUAUCUUACACCGGUUGCUUGUUGCAGGUCUUUGUUAUAUACUCCUAUUGCGCAACCGAUUUGUCUAUUCUAGCCCUGAUGGCAUACGACCGAUAUGUGGCUAUAUGUCGACCACUGGAGUAUCACUCUGUUAUGACUAAACAAAAUGCUCUUUUGAUGGUGUGUUUCUCCAGACUUAUACCUUUGCUUUGUAAGGCUGUUGUGGUUAUAAUGACAUCCCAACUUAAAUUAUGUGGCUCCCACAUAGAAAAACUUUAUUGUGAGAACUGGUCAAUCCUUAAACUUUCCUGCGGUUCAAUAACAACAAACAGUAUUGUCGGGUUUAUCGUCAUAGUUUUCUAUUUUGGGCAUGACCUUUUCAUCGUGUGUUCAUAUGUGCAGUUAGUAAAAUCUGUUUUAAAGUCGAGAAAGGGAAGGAGGAAGUUCAUGCAGACGUGUGUGCCACAUUUAUUAUGCUUGUUUAACGUCUCAGUUGCUCUGCUUUUCGACCUCAUGUAUGCUAGAUAUGGAUCAAGCUCUGUGUCACAGGGUGUAAAGAACUUCAUGGCCAUACAGUUUCUCAUGAUUCCACCUAUUCUCAACCCUAUUAUUUAUGGACUUAAACUGACUCAGGUCCGCAACAGUUUUUUAAGUUUGUGUAAAGUCAACAAACAGUUAAAAGGAUCAGGCUGA